AUGGCACCCCCUCCUCCAGCCACUGCGCCUCUGGGCGAACGUGUCACCAAGCUUGUAACCACUCUGCAAUUUGCGUGGUUCUGUGGCCAUUUCACUCUCCUCCUGGCCGUCCUUCGUUAUUCCUUGUCCUACCUCACGUUCAACUACUACUCCCGAUGGGCGGCCUUCACCUAUCGCCUGGCAUUUCUCUCCGCGGUCGCAACCUACGGUAUUGUCGUGUUCAAGGCCUAUCGCGCCAGAGUGAGGCCGGGUGCCCCCAUCGGCCAGACCGCUUAUCUCCUGCUGUCCGAUGAGAAUGUCCAAUACCUGCUGAUCUCCCUCGUCUGGCUGUACUCCAGACAGGUCCCGCUGGCUCUAUUGCCUUUCACCGUCUACUCCGUGUUCCAUGUUGCUACCUACACCCGUACCAACAUCAUCCCAACCCUGCAGCCACCGAAAGCCGCUCCGGGAGGCACCCCGGCCUCUCCAGGUGCCGCCAAAGCGCAGUCUCCUCUGGCCAACUCGAUUGGCAAGUUUGUCAAGGAAUACUAUGACACAUCGAUGAUGCUGGUUGCGGGGCUUGAGAUUGCCCUGUGGUUCCGCCUCUUGCUUUCCGCCUUGACCUUUAGCAAAGGCUCAUGGAUCCUUUUGGGUAUCUACACUGUUUUCCUGAGAGCUCGCUUCCACCAGAGCCAAUUUGUGCAGAACGCUUUUAGCCAAGGGGCUGCGCAUAUCGACCAGCAAGUACAGAACCCCAACGUGCCACCGGUCGCCAGACAGGCUUGGGAUACCACAAAGGGACUUGGUCGUCAGCUGGUUGAGGCAACGGAUGUGCGCAAGUACGUCGGCGGCGCCAAUGCUCAGAAGAAGCCACAGUAA